UCACUUCCGAUCAGUUCAGUUUGCGCCGUCAUUUUGUUUCGUGCUUUGUGUGCGUUGUGCUGCCAAAAACUUUUCAAAAAUCCGUGUUUUUAAUGAAAAAUUCGUUUAUUUCGUUGACUCGUUUAAGCAUUAAACACCUAAGAUAACCUUUGGCAGCUGCUUUUUAACACACCGAUGUUAUUAAAUUCGAACGAACGAACAUGAAGGAAGAGAUUUUAGCUGCUGUUAUGUUCUUUAUUCGUUUUAUCGAAAAAAGUGAAACGUUUCCCCGAGAGCAACUGGAAAACUUUAAAAGACACCUCACAGAUCUUCUAGAGGAAAGAUUUAACCAACACUGGUUUCCGGAGGUGCCUACCAAGGGUCAGGGCUACCGGUGCAUCAGGGUGAACGGAGUGAGUCCCAUCGAUCUCACGUUGGAAAGGGCCGCUUCGAAGUGCGGCCUGAGCUACAGGGACCUCAGGCUGCCGCAAGAGCUCACCGUAUGGGUCGAUCCAAGUGAAGUAUGCUACAGACUUGGCGAGUCUGAAGGUUCGUACUGCACGUUAGCCACGUUUCCGUCUGAGACGUCGUCGCUGGCCUCGUCGUUGGCCUCGUCUUUGGGCGGCUCGUCGUCGGCGAGCAGCGAGUCGGCCGGCUCGACGCCGACGCACUCGCCGCCAUCGACGCCGCACACCACCCACCAGGACAAGAUCACGUCGCCCAUGCAGACGACGGCCAAAAAAGUACAAAACAACAAGCAACUGGCGUCGUCGCACCCGAACCAGAGGUUCGCCUCCUCGAUGGAGUACUACCACACGCAACAGCAGCAAAAGUACAGGAACCAUUCGAAUAUGCAUGGGGUUCCGUCGUCGCUUAGGGUGAAGCAAUCACCAAGAGAGAUGAACUUUAAUUUUAACCAAAAUCGUCCAAUGUACAGGUGCGACGGCCCGCCCUACCCCCUGACCCCUGCAUUUUAUAGGAAUAUGAACUACAAUAGGAAUUACAAGAACAUCGUGCGAGUAUAAGGCAUCCCCCCCCCCACCUAAACCUCUCUCAACCCCCACCCUCAAAUGUAUAAAAAGAAAAACAACCCACACACGUCCAUUUUUUAGGAUUAACGGUAGAUGGUUAUUACUUAUGCCAAAAACUAACUGACUACUGCUUUUCUACUACUACUACUACAAAGUUUCAAUUAAUAUUUAAAAAAAAAUAUAUGUGACUUUUUCAAUUGUCUUAGUUAAUAAGAGUUUUAUUUCUGUUGGUCUGGUGCUUACAAAAACAAGCCGGAUUAUUAUUUUGGGUGCCUUUUCCGUAUAAAAACAAACAUAGACUUAAGUCAUUAUAACCGCAAACUACAAGCAAUCAGUUUAUUAAUUAUCCGUUAGAUGUCGUGCAAAAUGUAGUAUUGUAUAUGUAGUGUAAGUUAUUUUUUACUGUGAUAUAAAUAUUUUUUCCGUCAUGACAAAUAAUGCCAUUUUUUAUCGUACCCCCCCCCUAAUAAAUAAUUCGUGACGCAGCAUUAUCACCGAUGACGUCAUUCACUUAAACAAGCGAAUAACGCCAACGGCAAAAAUGUAUUAUAGUUUUUCCUAGGCCACGUUGCCGCCACAUCGGACAAGAUGCAGCAAAGCAUAGAUGCCGUAUUUAUAUUUUGCUUCAUUUGUCACGUUUCCUAAUUAUUAAAUAAUUCCGGUGUGGCGGGAACGAUUGAAUUGUUGCGUCGCAAUUUUUUAGCUUUAAAUUUUAGCACAAACUUCUAAGUCAAUCGUUUUUUUGUCUCUCGCGCGUGUUAUGAAUUGUGACUGAUUUUUUUACACAAUGCCAAAAAAAUGAAUAAAAAUUGGUUUUGUUUAGCGUUUUGAUUGCGAUGUCUAAUUUUGUAUAUAUUGCAUUAUUAUAUUGUAUUAAUUAAUAUUACGGUUGCUUCUGGUUUGUCUCACACUUCGAUGAUGGUACAAAUCAAUAAUGAAAAAGUGAAAUCGUCCAAAAUAUAUGCAUUUUUUAAACAUUCAUAUCAGCAGUAUUUCUCUUUGAAUAAAUGGAAAAAAUU